AUGGCCCCUCCUAAAGUCUUCUCGCUCGAAGGCAAAGGCCUCAAGCUCGACACCGCAGAGGACAUUGAGUCCCACAUCAAGCCUCUUAUUGAGAGCGCCGAUUAUACCGAGAUCCGAUUUGGCGGCAACACCCUGGGCGUUGGUGCCUCCGAGCGCCUCGGCACUUCUCUUCUGGAUGCCAUCCUGGAGAUUCCGUCCGUUCACACCAUCAACCUCUCCGACAAUGCCUUCGGCCUCAACACCCAGGCUCCUCUCGUGGAUUUCCUGUCGCGCCACACCCCUCUCCGCCACCUGAUCCUGAACAACAACGGUCUCGGUCCCGCUGCUGGAACUCUCGUCGCCAAUGCUCUCAGCAAGCUUGCCGAGCGCAAGGAGGAGGCCCGCAAGGAGGGCAAGGAGGUUGCUCAGCUUGAGAGCAUUGUCUGCGGACGCAACCGCCUGGAGAACGGCAGUAUGGAGGCCUGGGCCCACGCGUAUGAGAAGCACGCGGCGGGUAUGAAGUCAGUCAAGAUGACCCAGAACGGUAUCCGCCAGGAAGGUAUCUCGCACUUGCUGAAGAACGGUCUUCGUCACGCGAGUGCCCUGGAGGUUCUGGAUCUGCAGGACAAUACUUUUACACUGGCGGGCUCUACUGCUCUGGCUGCUGUCCUGGAGGGCUGGCCUUCUCUGCGUGAGCUCGGUGUCGGUGACUGCCUGCUCUCCGCCCGUGGUGGUGUCAAGGUUGCCCAGGCCCUGGCUGCCAACAAGAACCAGAAGCUCCAAACCCUUCGUCUGCAGUACAACGAGGUCAAGGCUGAGUGUGUCAAGGAGCUGGCUCACGCUGCCAAGACCGCGCUUCCCAGCCUGCGUCGCGUUGAGCUGAACGGAAACAUCUUCGACGAGGAUGACGCUAACGUCGUCGCCUUGCGUGAGCUUUUGGAAGCCCGUCAGGAGGAGCACGGUACUGAUGAUGACCCCGAGGAUACCUGGGGUGUUGAUGAGCUUGAUGAGCUUGAGGAGGAGGAAUCUGAAGAGGAAGAGGAGGAAGAGGAGGAGGAAGAGGAAGAGGCCAAGGCUGAGAAGGACCUCAAGGACGCCGACCUCGCCGAGGAAGAGGAGGUAUCCCAGAAGUCCGACAAGGACGUGGAUGCGCUGGCCGAUGUUCUGGGCAAGACGGGCAUCUAA